AUGUUUUUUAAACAUAAUUUUGAAAUCAAUAAUGAUUUGAUAGAUAAAAAGCAUCUAGAUGAAUUUUACAGUUUUGAUUCCAAUUGCAAUUUGCGAACUGCUCCAAAAUUAACAUAUUCGCAUGUUCAUCCAGGACCUUUCGAAAAAAUGAAGGUUCGUUUGGCAACCCAAGUAUUUAGUCAUAGUGUAGCUGCAGGCAUGUCUACAGCAUUGAAUAUUGGUAUUUUACCAAACAAUUCAAUACCUACAAUCAAUUUCAUUAAUGAUAUGGAUAAACUUUUUGAUAUCUUUAAUUCUUCUGAUACACCUAAUAGUAAAAUUUUUAAUGACCCCUUCAAUAAUAAUUCACAUCAAUUAGAUCACUUAAACAAAAUGACUGAAAUGUUCAAAAACAUGAAGGUUGUUAGUAAAUUAAGUGCAACUGACAUGACACAACGAGUAAACUUUUUAAAUGGUUGGUUGGUAUCAAUAUCUGGUUUGAAAAUGCUGUGGAAUUCAUUAAACGUUGACCAAAACAAAGAUUAUACUCUUUGUACAGGUCGUAUAAAUCAAGACUGCCUUGAAAAUUUGUUUGGAACAAUCCGUCAACAACUCGGUAACAACACUAACCCAACCCCUAUUCAGUUUAUUUGGGCAUUCAAAAAGAUUUUUUGUGUUGAAUAUUUUAGGCAUUCUCCUGAUGCAAAUUGCAUUGAGGACUUAGAUAAUGUGUUAUGUCAAUUCAAUGAGAUGAAUGAAAUGUCAGCCUCAAUUAAUGAAAUUGUCAAUCCCAGUAAAACUAAUUGUAAUGUAACACAAAGUAUUUUUAAAUUUAAUCCCAUCAAAAUUGGUACAGUUGACUAUAGAAAAUUAAAUAUCCCAGAAACCAACGCUUUAACUUACAUCAGUGGUUAUCUUAUGAAAAAAUGCCUCGAAAAACAUACUUGCAGUGAUUGUUUAAAUUAUGCCAAUUUUCAAAAAAAUAUUGAACCAUCCUUUCUUUUAUCUUUUUUUAAAUCUACUGCAAAUGAUAAUUCAACAUUUGGAAAGUUAACAUUACCUCAUGAUGAGUUUUAUAAUUACAUUUUUAAAUUAGAAAGUCUAUUUGUUGAACAUUUUUCUUCCUUGGCAACAGAAGACAAUGUUGGGGCCAAACUAAGAGAUUUACUGAUUAAUACUCGUUUGAAACAUCCAUGUGAAAAUUUUAACUAUAGUUAUUUAUUAAAUUUAUUUAUUCGGUUUAGAAUCUUUUCUUCAAUUAAAUUUUUAAAUAGAUGUUUAAUGUCAGAAAGAGUAAUAAAACAUAGAAAACUUUCAAUUUUAAAACAUAUGUAA